GAAAGAAACUUUUUUGUCAUCUAGAAUUGCAUUUGGACGUUUAUUUGGUAGUGCUGGUGCUAAGAUGCAUGAUGUAGUGAGAGACAUGGCUAUCAUAGGCAUUGGUCCUGAAUUUGGAUAUAUGAUAAAAGCUGGUAUGAAUUUGGUAGAGCUACCAGAUGAGCAUGGUUGGGUAAAAGAUCCUAAGAAGUUGUCUCUAAUGGAAAAUAACAUUUUAAAAGUUCUUGAUCUCUCUAACACUACUAUUGAGACUCUACCUAAUUCCAUCUCUAAAUUGGAGAAUAUAUCUGCCCUGCGGUUACAGCAUUGCAGGAAGUUAAAGUACUUGCCUUCCUUGGCAAACCUCAGGGGAUUGAAGAAGUUGGACCUACACGAGGUAGGGAUUGAGGUGGUCCCUCAAGGCAUGGGGAUGUUGAUAAGUCUUGAAUAUCUUGAUUUGUUAUUUUGUCAAAAUCUGAAAGAGAUUCCAACAAGAAUAUUAUCUAACCUUUCUAAUCUCCAGUACUUGGCAGUAUGUUGUUUGCGAGAAACUACAAUAAUAGGAAAUUUAGAAGAGGUUGCUAGAUUGAAGAAGUUGGAGACUUUAGAAUGUCAAUUUGAUGGCAUACAAGACUUUAAUCACUUUGUCAACAAGUUCAAAGAUUUCCUAAGUGCUAUUGCUUACAGUCUUGGAGUUGGGACAACAAGAGACAUGGUGAGAUGGAGCAAAUAUGAGCUUGUAAUUACUAAAUGCGAGAUCGGGGAAGAAUGUGUAGUGCUUCCAAAUAACCUUGAGGAUUUAUGGAUAUUUAGCGGUAAAAACAUGAGAAGCAUCUUAAAAAAAACAGCUUUGUUAAUAAAUGCAAAUGAGUUGAGACCGUGUCGUAUUUGGGAGAGUGAAGAGAUAGAGUGCGUGGUUGAGUUGGACUCAUCCUCCUUCUCCUCAUUGUGUUGUUCAGCACUUGAUAAGCUUGAACUACUAGAGCUUCAGGUAUUGCCUAAGUUAUGUGAACUUGUAAGAGUGGAAGGAGCAACAACACCACCACACAUCUUUUCCAAUCUUAAAACACUUAUAAUAGUACACUGUCUAGGAAUGAGGAAGUUGCUUCCACUGGAGCUGCUACUGGCCUUCCGAAACUUAGAGGAGAUUAGAGUUAUCCAUUGCGAACAAAUGGAGGAGAUAAUAGCAUCAUCAGAUUCAAAUGCAUCAUCGGAUAAAUUCACUUUUCCCAAGUUAAGGAUAUUGCGGUUGAUUGGUUUAUCGAUCCUUGCGCAACUUCCCUUGCUUGAUAAUGGCCAACUAUCUCCUCCUCCUCAUCUCAAAGAAAUCAAGAUAGAUGAAGAGUCAAAAGAAUGGUGGGAAUUAGUGGAGUGGGAUCAUCCCAAUGCCAAGAACCUCCUUAAACCUUUCUUGAAAUAUUCUGACUGGUGGGAUUGAGGGUAAGGUGUUGAUUGAUUUACUACUAUUUAAUUCUAAUUUUGAUUUGAUUUGAUAAUAUAUUACAGUAAGUUGC